AAGACUUUCAGGUACAACCUUCUGUGUCUUCUUCGCAUGAGAGAGAGAAGAGGAGCAGGGCCGGCUCAAGGGUUGGUGGGGCCCUAAGCAGUCCGGCGGUUGGCGUUGGCAGCUGGCAGCGGCCCUCUCUCUCUCUCUCCGGCCGCAGUUCUGGGUCUGUGUGAACCCUGACUGGCGACUGUGCGGCCGCCACCGUCUCCUUCCCCCUGCCAGUGACCGCGUCCCGUCGGCAUUCAGCCUUCACUUAGGCUAACUGUAGACAGCACUUUUUCCGGCCAAUAUUAUGUAUAUAUUUGUGCCUCUGGCCGCCCAUCUGGUAGAUUGGUUCAGAGGCGGCCAUGGCGGCAGAGAUCAAGCACCUGGCGGUGGCCAAGUUCAAGGACGGCGUGGCAGUGGAAGAGCUCUUGAAGGAGAUGGAGAAGAUUGCCAUUUCAUUGGGUUUAUACCUCCAGUACGUGUAACACUCAAAGUCCUUUAAUGUGGGCAUUGAAAGCCUGGAGAUGCUGAGACAAGGCUUCACCCAUGCUUUCUUGAUUAUAUUCAAGAGCAAGGGGGAUUUCGCUGCCUUUGCCGGGCACCCAAAACGUGUGGAGUUCUCAGCUACAUUUUCAACAGCUAUUGACAAGGUUGUGGUGCUUGAUUUCCCAGCCAUUGACAAGAUUGUGGUGCUUGGCUGUUCUUGCCAAGCCUCCCACCUGUUCUGGCCAGAAGCUUCUGCAAUUUUUUUGGGGCCCUAGGCAUCGGCGGCCUAUGCCUUAAGCCAGCCCUGAAGAGGAGUUCCUAUUCUCCAGCCUUAUUAAAGGCGCAAGGCGCACUAAGGCGCACAAAGGUCUUAGAGGCUGAGGCACAAGGCGAGGCGCGAGCCUAGUGGAACUAGGUGCAAGUUAAUAAAAAAUAAAAUAAAAUAAAAUAUAGUUGAAGAAAAAGGUGUAAAAUAGGUUCUAACUUCUAAUAAUAUUUAACAAGCAUGUUAUAAAUAAACCCACUCUAAAGAUUAAACAUUUCUAUAUUUUCAUCAUUAGAAGCAUCAUCUCUAACAUCUUUCUCCACAUCAUCUACUCUUGUUGGAUGAUUUCUAUGGUUUAGAAGUGUGAUGAUAGUUUCAUACAUUUUUUUGGUAGGUAAUAUACUAGACUUGAAUUUGCAUCUUUCUUUGUUUUGGUGACAUAAUGUUGCAUUUUGUUAUUGCAUGCCUUGAAUUUGUUCAAUUCUCCCUAUCCAUCCUCAUCUAGUUCAAAUUCAAUUGGAGCAUUUGAAGUAUUAGCAUUUUUACUUAUUGUCAAAUUUGUAGUUGAAGUAAUAAAUUUAAACCCUAAACAGUAAAAAAUUAAAUAAAGUAAGAAACAGUGAAAUAAAAAGCUUGAAAAACAGUUAAAAAGCCCAAGGCACGCGCCUUUUCCUAAGGUGCCUUGGGCUGAGGCGCGCCUUUUGGUCUGUGCCCGCCUGGAAGGCUUUCAGAUGCCCAGGGUGCGCCUAGGCAUGCCUUUAAUAACACUGCUAUUCUCUACUGCGUUGCCGAACAACUUCCAUGGAGGAAGAAGUCUUUGCCGCAAUCAAAGCUUGCUGGCAUGGCUCGAUGCUUGCAAAGAAGAAAAGGCCACCCUGGUGUUUGUUCUUAAUCUCCAGAAAGGAUUUUAAGAGAGAGGACAUAAGUGCAUAACAUAUUUGGUUUUUGAGAGAGAGUAUGUGGCAUGGGAAGGAAAACUGAGAAUUGUUGCAUGCCGAUUGAUGAAAAAGUUUGUGCAGACAACUUUGACAUUAGAUAUUUCUUUGUUAUUUUUUUCAAUUUAUAUGAUUAUUUAUUUAAUAUAGAUUUACUUUAUUUUUGAGAGCAAAAUUUACUUGUAUUUUAUUUUUGAGAUU